AUGGGGACACGCCACCCAUUUCUGAGUCUACAGCCGGAUGAAGUACAACUCACCACGGACUCGAUACACGCCAAACAUCCCGGAAAGGAGCUGCUCAUCCGAGUCGUCGGCAUCAAGGAGCCGCCCAAGGCAGAAUGCGUCGCUUUCAUCCAAGGCAGAGGUCCCGCGCCAUCGCGGCGCACAUAUGUGUCCUAUCAGCUCAAGGGAGAAGCCACUGUAUUCGAAGAUAUAAUUGAGCUGUCGAGCGGCAAGACCAUUAAGACCCGCGACAUGGGCACAGCUUGCUACCCACCAGCAACCAACAUCGAUAUGCACCGCCUGGAGGACAUUGUCAUGAGCGACCCUCUUGUUCAAGCCGAGAUCGAUCGGCUCAAGCUGCCAGAGGGCUGCGUUGUCCAGCCUGAGCCGUGGCCGUAUGGAACAGAGUCAGCAACCCCCGAGAGGCGCCAGUACCAGGUUUGGAUGUUCCUCAAGCCGCUGGAUCCCAAGGCUCGAGACCACCCCUCAGGCAACCAUUUCGCCCACCCUCUAGACUUCUCGGUAGUAGUCGACGAUCUCACUAUGAAGGUGAUACGCAUCGACAGACUGCCGAUGAAGCCAGAUGAGAUCUAUGUCGAUAACGAAGCCGCCGAGAGCAGACCGUGGCAAAAUAACCCCGACGCAGAGUAUGCUUCGGAGUUGCAACCCAAGCUGCGUGAAGACCUCAAGCCUAUCAAUAUCAGCCAGCCAGAUGGUGUCAGCUUCCGCGUGUCAGAGGGUGAGGUGGUCGAGUGGCAGAAGUGGCGCUUCCACCUCGACUUCAACUGGCGCGAGGGCGUGGUCCUACGAGAUGUGACUUACGAUGGUAGGCCGGUGUUCUACCGACUCUCCCUUGCGGAGAUGACGGUGCCAUACGGUGAUCCAAGAGUUCCGUAUCACCGCAAGAGCGCAUACGACCUUGGCGAGGGUGGUGCGGGAUGCACGGCGAACAACCUGGAGUUGGGGUGUGACUGUCUCGGUGCUAUUCGGUACUUCGAUCGGUGGAUGAAUGACCACGAGGGUAAGCCAAUGACUCUCAAGAACGCGAUAUGCAUGCAUGAAGUGGACAAUGGCAUCGGUUGGAAACACACGAAUUACCGCACUGGGCGGGCGGAGGUGACUCGUAACCGUGAACUUGUCAUCCAGACUAUCAUGACCAUCUCGAACUAUGAGUACAUCCUUCAAUGGGUCUUUGACACGGCCGCAAACAUUCACUACGAAGUCCGGGCUACAGGAAUCAUGUCCCUUGUGCCGGCGGAUCAGAAUGCAGACCAUGACGGGAUAAACUACGGAAUCAUGGUCUCUCCAGGUGUCAUGGCUCCCAUCCACCAACACAUAUUCUGCCUACGUCUCGAUCCUUCCAUCGACUCCUACGAUGAGGGCACAAUCGUAUAUGAGGACGUCAAACGCCAGGGUUGGAACGCAGCGACAAAUCCUUACGGUGUGGCAUUUGGCGUCGAGUCCACACCGAUUGAGAAGGAGUCCUUCCUCGACCUCGAUGCAAGCCUCAACCGCGCAGUCAAGAUGAUAAACCCCACCCGCAAGAACGAGGCAUCGCAUAAGCCGAGCGGAUACAAGGUCAUGAUCCCUCCAACUCAGCUGCAGCUGGCUGAGCCUGGGUCCCUGCACGGAAUGAGGGCAGAAUUUGCCGAUCACCACUUCUACUUCACCAAACAGGAUGAGGACGAGCUAUACCCGGCAGGCGACUUCCCGUGGCAGAGCGUCGGUGGUACUGGCCUGCGGACCUGGGCUUCGCGCAAGGGUGACAUCAAGGCGGGCGAGGGUGUCGUGUGGUGCACAUUUGGAUUUACGCAUGUCCCGCGGCCGGAAGAUUGGCCAGUUAUGCCGGUAGAAGUAUUCAGAGUUGGGCUGAAACCGGUGAAUUUCUUCGAGAAGAAUCCGGCUUUGGAUGUGCCACCUAGCAGGCAGGCCGUCAACAAGAGCGUGGAGGUUGCAAGGUCAGAGAGAGAAGUUCAAUUGAGGUCAACUGACUGUUGUCAUUAG